AUGAAGAUCAUCGACAAGAUGAACGCCUCCACGCAGGAGGGGCGGACGUUCUUCUCUUUCGAGUACUUCCCUCCUCGCACAGAAGGGGGUGUGGAGAACUUGUUUGAUCGAAUGGAUCGGAUGGCGGCAUUUGGCCCCCUGUUUUGUGAUAUCACUUGGGGAGCUGGUGGUUCAACGGCCGAACUCACUCUGGAAAUUGCUACUCGAAUGCAAAACAUGGUGUGCGUGGAGACAAUGAUGCACCUGACAUGCACCAACAUGCCUGUGGAGAAGUUGAACAAUGCUCUCAAAGAGGUCAAGAAGGCAGGCAUCCAGAACAUUCUUGCCCUCAGAGGAGACCCCCCAGAAGGACAGGACACAUUCACAGCCAUUGAUGGGGGAUUUGCGUGCGCGCUUGACUUGAUCAAGCACAUACGAAAGGAGUACGGAGACUACUUUGGUAUUGGGAUUGCUGGCUAUCCCGAGGCACAUCCAGACAGCAUUGUUGACGAUGAGGAGAAAAUGAAAGAGAACUAUUGGAGGGACAUCCACUACCUCAAGCAAAAGGUCGAUGCUGGAGGCGACUUUAUCAUAUCCCAGCUGUUCUAUGAUACGGGGUUGUUCCUUCAGUUCGUGGAAGACUGCCGGUCAGUGGACAUCACUGUGCCCAUCAUUCCAGGGAUUAUGCCAAUCAUGACGUAUGGCGGUUUCAAACGCAUGACAAGCUUCUGCAAAACCAAGGUGCCACAGAAGAUCACUGACACACUCGAGUCCAUCAAGGACAACGAUGAGGCUAUCAAGAAAUAUGGAAUCAAGCUUGGCACAGAGAUGUGUCGCCUGUUGCUGGACAGUGGGGUGCCAGGUCUGCACAUGUACACCCUGAAUUUGCAGCAAAGUGCUGUGAGCAUCUUGGAGGACAUGGAAUUGGUGGACCGAAACAAUCUGCCCAGGCAUCUGCCGUGGCGGCCCCCAACUAAUGUGCAGAGGAGUGGAGAGGCUGUUCGACCUAUUUUUUGGUCAAACAGGCCAAAGAGCUACAUCAAGAGAACUGCUGAUUGGGAUGCCUUUCCCAGCGGAAGGUGGGGUGAUUCCCAGAGUCCUGCGUAUGGCACACUCAACGACUACCAGUUCAUGCGGCGACACACCAGCAGCGAGAAACGGGCACAGAAGGCCAGGGAGGCCUGGGGCGAUGUGCUGACUUGCAUUGAUGAUGUGAAGGAAGUGUUUUUGAGCUAUUGCAAGGGCGAGAUCAACAUUCUGCCCUGGAACGAGAUGGACACCAUGCAGAAAGAGUCUGCGGAGAUUGUGCCGAAACUCAAGGAGCUGAACAAAAAGGGGUAUCUGACCAUCACUUCCCAGCCCAGAGUGAAUGGCACACCCUCCACUGACAGCACCUUCGGCUGGGGAAGACCAGGGGGAUAUGUCUACCAGAAGGCUUACAUCGAGUUCUUCGUCUCGCCUGAGGGCUUCUCCAAGUUGCAGCCGCAGCUGAGCAGCGCCCCAUCUAUCAGCUACAUGGCAGUGAACUCCAAAGGAGACCUCCACAGCACACUGGAAGAUGGUGACGUGAAUGCUGUCACCUGGGGUGUAUUUCCAGGCAAAGAGAUCAUGCAGCCCACUGUGGUCGAUCCACGCAGCUUCAUUGUGUGGAAGGAUGAGGCAUUUGACUUGUGGGUGACGGAGUGGGGUGCCCUUUAUGAGGACGGAUCCCAAGGGCGCAAAGUACUGGAAUCGAUUCGGGAUGAGUGGUACCUUGUGAGCGUGGUGGACAAUGACUUCGUGCAUGGAGACAUAUUCAAGGUGUUCGGCUUCUGA